UUUGGCUCCCGAGGGUGUGGACUAGCAGUCUCGUCUAGUUUCUUAAGCUUAUUGAUCUCAAGAUGGCAGCAGCAGUCCCUUGGAGACCGAAGGUUGUCUGAUUGGAGCGACCACGUGUGGUGGUGUGUCCUGAAAUUGUCAUCCACCGGGACGACAUCAUCAAAGAAGGCUUCUUGGUGAAGCAGUCAAAGCACAUGAAAGAGUGGAGGAGGCGUUGGUUCGUCCUGACCCCGCAGUACUUAUGCAGCUUCAAGUCGCAGGGUGAGUACCGAAACCCCACCGAACACAUCAGGUUGGCAGAAUGCACGACUGUGAAGUCUGCAGAUGAGGACACUGGCAAAGAGAAUUCGUUUCGUGUUGACACCCCUGGACGUGUCUUCUAUCUGAUUGCAGACUCUUCACCAGACAAGGAAUCCUGGAUUGGCCAUAUCGGGCGACAAAUGGUGAGACCAGCGGUGCUGGUGGAUGAUCAAGGUUUCGAGUGAACGAAGAAGGAUGGCCUGGAGCCAACGGGGAACCCACGCGUGUCACCGACGUGCUUUUGAGCACCUUUGGAAGCGCAUGUGACAUGGGCAGAUCCGAAAUAUAGGGAAUCCUCCUGUUGCAGUUGGAAUUGGAUGAAUCUCUGGAGGCUUCCCUAGACUAGGACGCCCACAAUACGCAGAAAAUGAUCUGCAAAUGUUGAGUGUACAGCGGAUUUCGGCGUGAAGGCGCGGAAAAAGC